AUGGCCUUGCAAGAUAAAUACUUAGGAGUGCCUCUUCUAAUUCAGAAGAACAAGGUAGAUACUUUUGGUCACUUAUCUGAAAAGUUUGGAAAUAGGAUGGAUUUAUGGAACGGUAAACAUCUUAAUCAGCUUGGUAGGACUGUUUUAGCUCAAACGGUUUUAGGGUCUGUAGCCUCACAUCAUUUAUCAUUUUUUUCAAUGCCAAAAGUUCUUACUGAUAAGUUCGAAAGGUUUCAGAGGAAUUUCGUUCUUAAUAAAAACCAAAACGGUAGAAGUCUUAAACUUAUCAAAUGGAAAACAGUUGCUCAACCUAAGGUUCUAGGUGGUUUGAAUCUUAAGAAAACUGAAGUGAUGAAUAUUUCCGGCUUACUAAAUUGGAAAACUCCUCCGUCCUCCCAAUUUGUUUCCUCAUCUUUGCAAACUAUUGAUCAACUCAUUGAUCAUGACAAUAAGUCAUGGAGACUUGAUAUCUUAACACCUUUGUUUAAUAAUGCAACUGUUAAUGAUAUCCUUAAUAUUAGAAUUUCUACUGUAGGAGAGGAUCAGUUGAGAUGGACUCCGGCAGAUAAUGGUCUUCUUUCUGUCAAAACAACAUAUAGAGUACUUGACACAGUUAACAGAAAUGCUAGUGUUGAUCAUAUGGUUAAUCUUUUUCCUUGGAACAAAUUUUGGAAAUCUGUUUUACCUCCUGAGAUUAUGCAUUUUAUUUGGAAAUGUGUGCAUGGUUGUCUACCAGUUAGCGAAAGGCUAGCUAGAUAUGUAGCUGAUAUUAAUCCAAAAUUCCCCUUUUAUGAUAGAGAAAAUGAGACUGUGCAACAUUUAUUGAUUGAUUGUGAUGUUUUUGAAGCCAUUCGGUUAACAGUGAAUAUUCUAAUAUUGCAGGAUUAUGCAGUGGUUUAG